ACCUUGCCGGUGAGGGCAGGGGCUGGGGUAGCCCCAGUGGACACUAGUCAGACACGAGCAAAUUGUAAGGUCACCUUCAGACGACUCAACGACGUGCAGGUGAAUUCUGACAGCAGCUAACACCCGAAAAUUCAUUUCCGAUUAUUCCAAGGGCUUGAUCAUCAUCGAGGACUCGAUCCUCAUCCCUUCGUCUUUGAUUAUUACCUGAGAGAUCGACGAUGGCCGACCACACUUUCAAGAGCAUCCUAGCUGAGGAGCAAGCCGCCACGAAAUUCAUCAAACCUGGCAGCCACAAGGGCAAGGGCCUGGCUGUCUUCACCAGUGGUGGUGAUUCCCAGGGAAUGAACGCAGCAGUUCGUGCAGUUGUGCGAAUGGGAAUCUACCUGGGGUGCAAGGUCUUCUUCAUAAAGGAGGGGUACCAGGGGAUGGUGGACGGUGGAGAGCACAUCGUCGAGGCAACCUGGUCCUCAGUUUCCUGCAUAAUCCACAGGGGAGGGACUGUGAUUGGUUCAGCUCGUUGCUCAGAUUUCCGGGAACGUGAGGGCCGCAAGAAGGCAGCUAAAAAUCUAGUUACAAGGGGAAUAUGUAAUCUGGUGGUUAUUGGAGGUGAUGGAUCCCUCACUGGAGCUAAUCUCUUCAAGGAAGAGUACCCCAGUCUUCUCCAGGAUCUCGUCAAAGGAGGUGACGUGACAGCUGAACAGGCAGAAAAAUACAAACACCUGCACAUCGUGGGAAUGGUUGGAUCAAUUGACAACGAUUUCUGUGGUACAGACAUGACAAUUGGCACAGAUUCUGCUCUGCAUCGUAUCAUCGAGUCCAUCGAUGCAAUUGUCAGUACUGCCUACUCCCAUCAGCGGACAUUCAUCAUGGAGGUGAUGGGUCGUCACUGCGGUUACCUGGCACUCGUGGCAGCCAUGUGCUCCGAGGCUGACUUUGUCUUCAUACCAGAGUGGCCACCGGAGGGAGACUGGCCCAACAAGCUCUGCAAAAAAUUAUUGCAGGAACGUCUGACUGGUCAACGCCUGAACAUCAUAAUUGUGGCUGAAGGUGCAGUGGACAGGAAUGGCGAUCCCAUAACAGCGGAGAAAGUCCACAAGGUGGUGGUAGAUAAAUUGCAGCAGGACACGAGGAUCACGGUAUUGGGUCACGUCCAGAGAGGUGGAAAUCCAUCGGCAUUCGAUCGUGUCCUGGGGUGCAGAAUGGGUGCUGAAGCUGUGAUGGCCCUGAUGGAGGCAACACCUGAGACCGAGGCCUGUGUCGUGACUCUCGAUGGCAAUCAGGCUGUCAGAUUGCCCCUGAUGGAGUGCGUCAGACGUACGAAGGCUGUGGCUCAGGCGAUGGCUGACAAAAAUUGGGAUCUGGCAGUUCAACUCCGUGGAAAGGGCUUUGCACGUAAUUUGGAGACGUACAAGAUGCUGACACGCCUGAAGGCACCCAUUGGCGUCCAGGAUGGCAAAGAGCACCAUGGGCACAUGUUAUCUAAGCAACACACACUGUGUGGCCAAGACCACUAUACCCUAGCAGUAAUGCACGUGGGUUCUCCAUCCUGUGGUAUGAACGCCGCAGUGCGAUCCUUCGUGAGAAAUUGUAUCUACAGAGGAGAUAAGGUCUACGGAAUCUGCGAUGGAGUGACAGGUCUUGCUGCGGGUCAACUGAAGCUGAUGGACUGGCCCUCAGUGACAGGUUGGGUAGCUCAGGGUGGUGCCUACCUGGGGACCAAACGAGCCCCUCCUAAGGACGAGCAACUACCCCAGAUAGCAGCUAAACUCAGGGAAUUUGGUAUUCAGGCUCUCCUCAUCAUCGGUGGCUUCGAGGGCUAUCAGACAGGGCUGACCUUCACGGCAGCCAGGGAAAAAUACGACGAGUUCAAGAUCCCCAUAGCUAUGAUCCCUGCUACCAUCAGUAAUAAUGUCCCUGGGACUGAGUUUUCACUGGGUUGUGAUACAGCCUUGAAUGAAAUCACUGAGAUCUGCGAUAGGAUUCGUCAGUCAGCCCAAGGUACGAAGAGAAGAGUUUUUAUUAUUGAGACCAUGGGGGGAUAUUGCGGAUAUUUGGCGACACUAGCUGGUCUGGCUGGAGGUGCUGAUGCCGCCUACAUCUUCGAGGAGAAAUUCAACAUCAAGGAUCUGAACCAGGACGUCAUCGCCAUGGCAGCUAAGAUGUCGGAGGGUGUCCAGAGGGGUUUGAUCCUCAGGAACGAGAACUGCAACUUGAAUUAUAACACUGACUUCAUGCAGAGGCUGUUCAGCGAGGAGGGCAAGGGUCUUUUCAGCUGCAGAUCCAACAUAAUCGGGCACAUGCAGCAGGGCGGCUCCCCCACACCCUUCGAUAGAAAUCUGGGGACAAAAAUGGGGGCUAAAGCUGUCGAGUGGUUCAGCGAUCAACUGAAGAAAUGCACCACUCCAGAGGGAAAAACAUUAGCCACCACUCCUGAUACAGCUGUUAUGUUGGGAAUCAUCAAGAGGCAGUACAGAUACACUCCCUUCUGCGAGCUCAACGACGUCACCGAUUUCGAGCAUCGAAUCCCCACGUACCAGUGGUGGAUAAAGCUUCGCCCACUGUUGAAGGUACUCGCCAAACACGAGUCCACGUACGAGGAGGAGGGACUCUACAUCACUGUCGAGGAAAUGGAGCUCGAGGACGAUCCUCUAGUUUAAUUUACCUAUUUUUUGGGUCUAUUUAUGAUUGUUGUGUCGGUUUAGUGUUCGUGUGAUGCAGGAUAGGAGAAUUAAUGCACAGUAUUCAGAUGGGGCAUCACUGUAUCCAAUUUUUAUGAUAAUCUAUCGAUUUUUAUGAUUUUACUUUUCUUGGCUAAAAGAACAAAUUGUUUUUUUUUUCUGAUUAUUGAAGUCAUUCGGAAAUCUUGCUCAGUCGAUUUUUCUUUUUCCUAUGUGAUAAAUUCACUGUUUAUGGAGGCAAUAUUCGGCUCUUCAUGUUCUGUCGCUUCAUUAUAGUUAAGACUUGUGGGUACGACGUAGGAAUAGGCUUUGAUUAUUAUUUUGACCAAACGUUUGAUUUAAACUCUCACUCGAAACCUGUUGAAGGGCUACUUGGAGAAUAUACUCGUCUACCUCAAUUAAGGAGAGAAAUAAUUGAUGGAAAAUCUGUUGGUAAACGAUUAAUUGCUGCCUAAAUGUGGAAGCCACCUGUAGUUCAAUGACGCAGAGAGUUUUCCCAGUGAAAUUCUCUGUUGUAUCAUAAACGAGAGGGUGAAUAAUAUUUUUAUUACACUCAUUCUGGAGAUUUAAUAAUGAACAGACAAUAGCACUGUUGCAAAUAGUUGUGUUGAAUUUUUUAAACCGUUGAACAUUUUGAGAGCGAAUGCCCUAAAUUCGAUAUGAGCGAUUAGAUAUUUAUCUGUAAUAGGAUAUCGUAAGAGUUAUGCCCUCGUAUAGAAAAUUUGAGAAUGUCGUAACGUAAAUUGACACUCGAUCCUUCAACUUUUAGAGUGAAAAGAUGUUUAUUCAGUUCAAAUCAUGGACUUGACUCGAAUUAUUAAAGUGAGAAUAAAAAUGCAUCGAGGUGUGUAUAUUAGCCAAUUAGCCAAUACCGACGUAACGAUUGACUCGUUGCACGAUAAAUUGAAAAAUUCUUGUAGUUACAGGUGAUAAAUUUAGAUAACACAAACGUAAUGUAAUCCACAAGUGCGAAAAACGAGGGAAAUAAUUACCAGAGGAUAAUAUAUAUUUUUGGCUCAUUGUUGAUCAAUGAUCGUACGCUUUAGUCAUCGAAAAUAAUAGUAUUACUACAUCUACGGUAUUUAUUUCGUUUCACUAAUAUCCUGUCGGAGUUAUCGUACGUGAAUUAUUGAAUGAGAGACAGUGAAGAGAUGUUGGAAGGAGAGCACGAUCAUGUCCUGAUUUAUGAUGAUUGCAUCUUAGAUAAUAUAAAAUAUUAUCGAAUAAAGCAUGUCCUAUUCUGAUU